CUACGCCAACCACAUCCAGCAAGGGUGCGAAAACGAUGACUCCAACGCCGAGUGCCCAACCACGCCGUCGACGACAAAAGCUGCCAGCAGUGAAGACAAGCAAUUGACCGCCCAACGCGCAUGACAGGACUUGGACACGGCCCCAUCCAUUCACGCAAGUCCGACACCAACGACGGGUCGGGUGAAUUCCAGCACAAGCGACCACGACGCGAUACACAUGGCAGGGCGUGGGAUGGCGCCCCUCCAGGUGGGAAAUGGUGGGGCUGGGAAGCUAGGGGAUCCAAGUCGCGACUGGUAUGUGGUCAACUACUUCCCCGCCGUUACAAGAUGUUGCUCUAG